AGAGGGGCAGGGCUUAUGUCUGUCAGUCAGGUAGAGAAAUCUGUGUGUGUGUGUGUGUGUGUGUGUGUGUUAUAUUUGCAAGCAGUUAACAGAGGAGGGUAUGUAUGUUUAAUUUGCAAGUGGUUCGAUGAAAGAAGACUGUGUGUGUUAUAUUUGUCAGUGCAGGAGGUGAGAGAUAGAGAGUGUGUGUGUGUUAAGAGGCCGGCUGCAGUGAGGAUAGCUGGGUUCGUCACCUCUCUGCAUCACUGGAAGAUGCCUCUGCACCUGAGUGUCUGACAGCAGGGCACCGUCAGGCGUGUGUGUGUGUGUGUGAGAGAGAGACCUGCAGGACAGGAGUGUGUGUUUUGUUAGUUUGUUUGAAAUCGGAUGUAAGCACCGGCACAGCCACACAAGCUGCUUGGAUACGGUCGUCAUGGGCGUCGCUAACUCAAGAGACUAUCACCCUUCUGUUGCCGUGGUGCUAAAACGACGUAACGAGCCCCUGAAGAAAGAGCGUCCCAAGUGGAAGAGUGACUACCCGAUGACCGAGGGGCAGCUGCGCAGCAAGCGAGAUGAAUUCUGGGAUACGGCGCCGGCGUUCGACGGGCGUAAGGAGAUCUGGGACGCGCUGAAGGCGGCCGCCAUCGCCCUCGAGUGCAACGACCACCAGCUCGCCCAGGCCAUAGUGGACGGAGCCAGCAUCACGCUGCCGCAUGGCUCCCUCACCGAGUGCUAUGACGAACUCGGAAACCGCUACCAGCUGCCAGCCUACUGCUUGGCUCCGCCCCUGAAUCUGGUGUCAGAGCGCAGUGAGAACGAGGGGGCGGAGCCAACGGAACAACAGGUCCCACCCAGGAAGGAGUUCCCACUGAAGGUGCGUCUGUCGUCAGGGCAGGACGUGCGCCUGACGGCCAGCAUGGCGGACGCCAUCGGUCAGCUGAAGAAGCAGCUGCAGGCGCAGGAGGAAAUUGACGUGGCGCACCAGCGAUGGUUCUUCUCUGGAAAGCUGCUGACCGACAAGACGCGGCUGCAGGACACCAAGAUCCAGAAGGACUUCGUCAUCCAGGUCAUCGUCAACACAGCUGCCCCCAUCAUCCCCAAGUAGAGAGAGGGAGAGAGAGAGGGAG